AUGGUCCAAGCUCAGCCCUCCCUCCUCACCAAGAAGAUCAAAGCGCAACCCCUCCAGGGUAAGCAUGACGAACUUCAACGCAACCACGAAGCUUUGUGGAAUACUGCCCACUAUCUCGAUCAGAUAGUCGAGGAAGAUCAAAACGAGAUCUUGACGAGGAGGACCAAAGCGAGGUCAUGCGUCUCCGCCACGAACGAGGAAGACCAAAGCGAGGUCAUGCGUCUCCACCACGAACGAGGAAGACCAAAGCGAGGUCAUGCGUCUCCGCCACGAACGAGGAAGACCAAAGCGAGGGCGAAAUACGCGUCUGAGGGAGAUGACCAACUUUCCAAGCUCAACUCAUAUACCGAUUGCAUCGAGAGACGUCUGAAGAGCGAGGAAGCCAAGGCCACAGAGUUUGAAGCUCAUCUGGGAGAUCUUCAAGGGCGCAACGACAAGCUCACAGAGCACAACGAGGAUCUCGAAGAUCGCCUCAUCACGAAAGAGAUCAAAGCUCAGGCCUUCAAGGCUGAGUCCUUGCAAACGCUACGAAAUGUUAUAGUCGAAGUUCAGACCGAGUGCCGUCUUUGUGACACCUGGUCAGAUUCCAAGAAGUGCUGGAAGUCAGAAGCUAUACGUUCUAGGUCACAAGAAGCUGUGGAUCUCUUCGAGAUAGGAGCUGGGAAUCAGCAAGCAAGGGUGCAGAAGUGGAUCCUGAUGAACUCCUCGUCACACAAGAGAUCGAAGCUCAAGCCCUACAGGCUAAGUACGACGAGCUUCAACGCGAUCACGAAGCUCCAUGAAAAACUGUUCACUACCUCGACGAGAUGGUGGAGCAAGACCAAAGAAGCUCCAUGGAGAACUGUUCACUACCUCGACGAGAUGGUGGAGCAAGACCAAAGAAGCUCCAUGAAAACUGUUCACUACCUCGACGAGAUGUGGAGCAAGACCAAAGAAGCUCUGGAGCAAGACCAAAGCGAGGUCAUGCGGCUCCGCCAGGGAGUCGUAUAUCUCAAGAAGAUCUGGGAAUCGUAUGAGCAGCAGUAG